UUGCUGCAGGGAGGAGCGACCGGGGUGCAGUUGGGAGAUGAGCUGAGCAUCACAGCCCCGCAUUCAAGGAAACGGACUAACACAGCACUUUUUUCUAGACUUCCCACAGUGUUUUUUUCUUUGCUUUCGUAAAGCACAAGAGCUUUAUAAUGUGAAGAAUUAUAUUAUACACGUAGAGCCCGAUGUGAGCAGGUUGUCUCCGGGUUGCGGGGGAUCUCUGCCCAAUCAAGGAAGACCCCCUCAAUUGUUUCCUGCGCCAAGAACUGUAGAGACAUGGUCAUCACAGCGCAUCUGUGAUAAGCAGCAGGCUGCGAGUGUGUGGAAGUCUCAGAGGAUGUCCCCGAUCUGUGGGCCCCAGUGCUGAGGAAGCUCCGCAGGGCUGACUGGAGGCCAUCAUGUCUCAGCACCAUCCAUACCAGCGAGGCCCCCACGGCCGCACGAUGAGCUCUGAGGAGAGGUGCUCCACGCCAGUGAACAAGACCUCCACCCCGGUUCAGAAGAGCGCCUCCUCCUCUUCUUCCUCCCAGCGAGACAGCCGGCAGGAGGCAGACAGCUGGGAAAUAAUCGAGGGACUGAAAAUCGGCCAGAGCAAUGUCCAGAAGCCUGACAAACAUGAGGGUUUUAUGUUGAAGAAGAGGAAGUGGCCCCUGAAAGGAUGGCACAAGCGUUUUUUUGUUCUGGACAAUGGUAUCCUGAAGUACUCUAAGACUCCUAUUGAUAUUCAAAGGGGAAAGCUUCAUGGCAGCAUCGAUGUUGGCCUGUCCGUCAUGUCCAUCAAAAAGAGGGCGCGUCGCAUUGACCUGGACACUGAGGAGCAUAUCUAUCACCUGAAGGUGAAGUCUCAAGACAUCUUUGAUGCCUGGGUGUCGAAGCUGCGCCAUCACCGGCUGUAUCGACAAAACGAAAUAGUGCGCUCUCCUCGGGAGCCCACGAUGCGAACGUUUCCGACUUCGGUUGCCAUAGAGUCACCCCAACCCUCCCCGAGUGUGGUAAAUGAAAUAAAGCAGGCCAAGUCUAGCAGCUUGCCGUGGCAGCCGGCGGGUCCCAGCAGCAGCAGCAACAACAGCCUGCAGGCCUCCUACAGCAACGGUCAGAGCAGGGUGGUCGCUUGGCUUCAAGAAUCAGAGGAGAUGGACAAGUGUGCAGAGGAGCUCGCACGCUGCCAGUCCAACCUCACUGAGUUAAGCCGGUUAUUGCAGAGCCUGGAGAUACUGCAGAGGACACAGUCAGUGCCUAACUUCACAGACAUGCAGGCCAACUGUGUAGAACUGUCAAAGAAAGAAAAACGCUUGAACAGAAGAUGGAGAACAAAAAGUGUGGGCAAAGACGCGAAAUUCCAACUGCAGGUCCCUCUGUCUGCCAGCAUGUCCCCUGUCCGCCUCCACUCUUCCAAUCCAAACCUGUGUGCAGAACUCGCGGACUAUCAGCCCCCAGUUUCUCGCCUGUCAGAUAGUGCAGAGUAUGCCAGCGACUACAUGAAACUUCAGGAGGAAUUCUGCACCAUUGCCCAGAAAGUGCAUUCCCUCCUGAAGUCGGCCUUUAACACUGUGGCCAUAGAGAAAGAGAAGAUCAAACAGAUUCUGUGUGAGCAGGAGCAGUCAGACCAGUCAUCCCAGAUCAUCUCUAUCAGGAAGUCUUUGUCGCUGGCACUAGCCCAGAAUGCAGAGCUUCGAAGCCGCCUCAACCGCAUCCACUCUGAAUCUAUCCUGACUGAACAAGUUGUUAGUGUGAACAUCAUCGCCACGCCUAAUGAGGCCGUGGCGCAGAUGGGGAUCCCUCUGACUCAGCAGGCCUCUAAUGAAAGCCGACUCUCCAUGUCGGAGUCCGUCUCCGAGUUCUUUGAUGCGCAGGAAGUGCUUCUGUCAGCCAGCUCGUCGGAGAACGAGGGCUCAGACGAUGAGUCAUACGUCAGCGACGUUAGCGAUAACAUUUCUGAGGACAACGCCAGCGUGACCGAUAACGUCUCCCGACAAAUGGCCAAUGGAGACUUUGCCGGCAGCGCCUUUCGUAACGGGCGGCGCAUCUGCCUGCCGGCUCCCUGCCCGGACGCCAGCAACAUCAACCUGUGGAACAUCCUGAGGAACAACAUCGGCAAAGAUCUGUCCAAAGUGUCCAUGCCCGUGGAGCUCAACGAGCCGCUCAACACGCUGCAGCGCAUGUGUGAGGAGCUGGAGUACAGCGAGCUGCUGGACAAGGCUGCAGAGACCGAGGAUCCCUUUGAGCGCAUGGUCCUCAUUGCUGCUUUCGCCGUCUCAGGCUACUCCUCCACUUACUACAGAGCAGGGAGUAAGCCAUUCAACCCGCUGCUCGGAGAGACUUACGAAUGUAUUCGGGAAGACAAGGGCUUCUGCUUUUUCUCAGAGCAGGUGAGCCACCACCCGCCUAUCUCCACCUGCCACUGCGAGUCCAAGAACUUCACCUUCUGGCAAGAUGUGAGAUGGAAAAACAAAUUCUGGGGGAAAUCUAUGGAAAUUUUACCAAUCGGAUCUGUGAAUCUCUUAAUUCCCAGGUUUGGAGAUCAUUAUGAGUGGAAUAAAAUCACCACCUGUGUACACAACAUCCUCAGUGGACGACGGUGGAUCGAACAUUACGGCGAGAUCACCAUCAGAAACAUGAAGAGCAGCGCUUGCCUUUGCAAACUUACCUUUGUUAAGGGAAACUACUGGAGCUCGAACGUGAACGAGGUCCAAGGAUUUGUGAUGGAUCAAGAGGGAAAAGUGAUCCACAGGCUUUUUGGAAAAUGGCAUGAAGGCCUUUACUGCGGCAUCCCACCCUCUGCCAAAUGUGUCUGGAGGCCAGGCUCCAUGCCGACAGACUACGAGCUGUACUACGGCUUCACCAGAUUCGCCAUCGAACUGAAUGAGCUGUGCCCUGAGCUGAAAGACGCCCUGCCGCGUACAGAUGCUCGUUUCAGGCCCGAUCAAAGAUAUUUGGAGGAGGGAAACGUAGACAUGGCCGCCUCCGAGAAGCAGCGCAUUGAAGACGCCCAGAGAGCCAGAAGGAAGUGGAACGAGGAGAACAACAUCAAACACGAGCCACGCUUCUUUAAGAAAGUGGUGGAUGCCAACCACAGGGAGAGGUGGGUCUCCAACAACACCUACUGGGAACUCCGUAAAAACCCCGGCUUCAUCAACAUGGAGCCCACCGUCAGCCUGUGGUAGCACACUGAUCUCUGGGUCCGUCACAGCGGACCAGGAAGCCCUUACCUAUGCACGGCAGGGAGUUGGAUAGAAACACUUGGUAAAUCUGUGCAUGGACGAAAAGGACUGCUGAGCUGAGGGACGGUCCGAUGCCUCGCUGAGAACGUCGAGGCGUCAAGGGGCUGCCAUCCAUCCAUGGAAACAUCCUUAUCCUCCCUGUCGAAGCUGGGUCGCCGCUACUACGUAGAUCUCUCCUCAACUCUUCUGACUUUCCCAGUUUGUCCUUGCCUUAAAAAGACCCCCAUAUGAGUCAAAGGAUUAGGCGUCUUUUAGUUGAAGCCAUUUCUUUCCAGACAGCAGAUUCGCUUAGACUAGUCUAUGGAGUAGACAUUUUGAAUACCUACCAUAUGUGCAUGUUUAGAGAGCAGCUUUCACCGGCACAAAGCCGUAUUUACUAUAUGAUCAAAUAUUGUAGAAGAAAAAAAAGAAGUAUUUUUAUAGAAAAAAAAAUAUCUUGUGUGAAAGAGAAUUAUUUCAAUUGGCAGAUUUUAUUUAUUUUUGCUUUUUAAUACUAAUAAACCUGUUAGAUGGCGGUAUCUUCUCUGGGGAAGCGACUCAUGCUGGAUUAACAGAAUUGGUGGUCAGAGAUUGUAUUAUUAACAUAUUUCAGCGAGUAAACAAAUAAGCAUGUAGGUUGUUUUAAAUGGAAAAGCCUGUUGUAAAUACAGUAGUUAACACAUCGUCUGUCAUAAUACAACCAUGAUUUAUUUUCCCAUGAAGAUAACUACUUUUAAAUUACAUAAGCACAUGCUUAGGGUCAGAAUCUGCUGCAAGAAUACAUUAAGAAUGUGUUUUUCCUGUCUGCAGGUGUUGGCGAUACAUCGCCCUGCAAAACUAUUUAUUUCCAUGAGCUCCUUCACAAACUUCAAUGGAUUUUUUGGGGGGGAUUUUAGGUGAUAGACCGACACAAACUGGAGCAUAACUGUGAAUUGGAAGGAAAAGGACAUAUGGAAACAUUUUUACAAAUAAAAAUCUAAAGUUGUGUGUGCCUUUGUAUUCAGCCGCCCUGACUCAUUACCUUAUAGAACCACCUUUCACGGGCAGCAACAUCUGCAUGUCUUUUUGGUGUACGUCUCCAACAGCUUUACACAUCUAGACACUGAAAUAUUUGUGCGGAAGCUCAGUUACGUUGGAUGAAGAGUGUCUGAGAACAUCAAUUUUCAAGUCAUACCUCAGAUUCUCGUUUGGAUACAGGUCUGAACUUGGACUGGGCCAUUCUAACAUAUGGAUAUACUUUAAACCAUUCCAUUGAGUCUCAAAUCUUUUGCAGGCUCUAAUAAGUUUUCUUCCAUGCCUGCCUUGUAAUUAACUCCACCUAUCUUCCCAUCAUCUCUGUACAACAUCUGUGUCCCUCUUGAAGAAAAGCAUCCCCACAGCAUCAUGCCGCCACCACCAUUUUUCGCUGUGGGGAUGGUGCAUUCCGAGUGUAGUAUUAAUUUCUAAAGUUUUCACAUCCAAGGUGUCAUGUGAUCAGAGAACUUUCUUGCACAGGGUUGCUGUGUCUUCUACAUGGCUUGUUGCAAACUAUAAACAAAAAUUAUGACUUUUUUAUAUAUUUCUUUUACCUCUGUUCUCCAAAGGACAGAUUUGUGGACAGGUGGUAUCACCGAUUCUCCCACCAGAGCUGUAGUGCUCUGCAGCUCUUCCACAGUUACCAUGGGUUGUUACGCUCCUUGCCCGCCCGGCCUGUCUUGGUAGGUCUGCCGUUGUCCCUUCCUGAGAAGUUCAAAGUUUAAGAUAUGUUUUUUAUAACCCAAUCCUGCUUUAAACGUCAUCAGAACAUCAUCACUGGUCUGUCUGCUGUGUUCCUUAAUUUUGUUGAUGCUGUUUACUCGCUGAUGUUCUCUAAGAAACCUCUGAAGCCUUCACAGAACAGCUGGAUUUAUACUGAGAUUAGAUUACACACCGGUGAACUCCUAUUGCUAAUAAGGACAACCUCUGAAGACAGUUUGUUACAGGGGAUUUUAUUUAGGGGUAUCAUAGUACAGAGGGCUGAAUACAGUUUUUCCUUUUAUUCCUACUUCACAAUUACCCACUGCUUUGUGUUGGUCUAUCACAUAAAAUCCCAAUGGAACCCACAGAGGUUUGUUGUAACAAUAUGUGGAAUAAAUUCAAGGGGUGUGAAUACUUUUCAGAGGCACUGAAUGUUUUGCAGUGAAAUAAUUAACGGUCAGUGUAAGAAAAGAUGACUAGAAACUAGACAUUGUAAAGCUAUGAGAGUUUGGUCUUUAUAACAGUAGAAAGACUUUUUUUUUUUAUUUCCCUGCUUUUAACAACCAAAAAUGUUUUCAUUUCUAAUAAUUAAAAGAGAAAAAAUUUAGCACAUCUAAUACUUUUAAAUGUUUGGUAAUGUUCUUGAUAAAUAGCAAACUAUCAAUCCUAAUGAAUUAUUAAAGCAAUUAUUUCAGCUCUCCGAGUCAGCAGGAUGUAUAAACUAUGAAGCAGCAGCGACACCUACAGAUUGUCGUGUAAAAGAGCAGCAGGCUAAUUCAUGUCGGAUUCCCCAGAAAACUUACUGCUAUGCGUUUUGCUAUGUCUUGUGCAAAGAACCAGACGGUUAUAUGAAGUUUGUAUAUUUACUGCAAACAGAGAAGCUUUAAUGUUUUGAAUAGCUCUCAUUUUCCAUUUUUUCUUCUUCAGACUAAUACAUCCUUUUAAAAUAACCCUCUAACACAUGCAAGUAGUCACACACUGUCCACGUCUGAACUGGUUUCUGUAGUUCUGGUCUGCAGGGUGAAGGCAGAGUGAAGAUGGCAAACCAAAAAAGGGUAGAUCUGCUUUGCAUCUAUGUAAAAAAGACAUUUUCCUGGAUCGCAAACUCGUCGCUAUAACUCUUCGGUUUCACUUGCUGUGCCUUAUUGCAUUUAUUAAUGACUCUCGCACACAAACACACACACCUGAUGGGAACCCCACACCAAGAAGAAGGUAUGCCAUUAAAGGAGGUCACACUGCACACUACACUGGACAGAAACGGUUACAUUUAGUGUGAUUUUUGUUCUGGCUGCACAUGAUGGCAGUUUAAAGACGUUCUUCACCACAAAAGCUGAUUUCCUUUCCCCUCCGGCUUCAGUGACUGAGUCCCAGCAGCUCAAGGCAGUGCUUUGUGUAGUCUUUAUAUCAUAGAUUCAGGAAAGAAAAAGAUAAUCUGAAGCUUUCUUCAUUCAUCACUCCACCUGCAUGUCUAGAUAACUUUAGCUUGCCAUUGAAUGUCUUUGAUGCCUUACAAAGAGAAGGUUUUUAUUUUCUAACUUGGACCCAUUCUUCCCUUUGGACUGACACGUAUCACAAAGCACUAAAGGUCAGCUUGGUUUUAUUCAGAUCUAUUCCCUAGUGGAUACCUUCUAAAGUGCAAUUUUAACUAAGUACAUAUCUUUUCAUGAACACUGUACACUGCUGCUGCAUAGUGCUUGUUCUAAUAAAACAGCAAAUGACAA